GAGGGAGUACCCUAAUAGGUGUCAACUAAUUAAUCAGUGGCAUAAAAAGCAAUCAUCAUUCAUAACCAAAUCAAUUUAGGCAAUUUUUUCUAAACCUCAAGUCCUCCACUUCCUGCUCAUCAAUUACAGGAGGCAGACAAAACCAAAAGCUGAGCAAAAUGUUAGAGCUAGCAGAAGAUGAGCUUCACAACUUCUUCAAAGUAUGGGCCACAAUCUUUGUAUCAUUGAGCUACUGUUACACCAUAGCUAAUCUUACUUCUAAAGGUUUUACUAGAUUUUUUGCCAUUAUCCCAAUUGUUCUUCUCUUUUUAGCUCUUCCUCUCAAACUUACUUCUUUCCAUCUUGGUGGUUUAACUGCUUUCUUUAUUGCUUGGCUUGCUAAUUUCAAACUCUUACUUUUUGCUUUUGGUAAAGGUCCUCUUUGCUCUAAUCCUUUUAUCUCAUUUCUUCAUUUUCUUGCACUUUCUUGCUUUCCCAUCAAAAUCCUACAAAACCCAUCUCAGAAAAACUCAACCAAAUCAGAAAAUAACCAAAACCCAGAUCAGAAAUCACAAAUCAAAUCAUACCCAUUUCAAAAAAACUCAACUAAAUCAGAAAAUAAGCAAAACCCAGAUCAGAAAUCAGAUAAUAAAUCAAACCCAAAUCCUCAAAUAUCCAUUUGGAAUUACAUAAUCAAAGGAGCACUUUUAGCCCUAAUAAUCAAAACCUAUGAUUUCAAAAACUAUUUCCAUCCAAAAAUCUUGUGGCUAAUAUUCUGUUUUCACAUUUAUUUCACCUUAGAAUUAGUCUUAGCAUUUCUUGCAUCUUCAGCCAGAGUUUUCUUGGGUUUUGAGCUUGAACCUCCAUUUAAUGAACCUUUUUUGUCAACGUCAUUGCAAGAUUUCUGGGGUAAAAGAUGGAAUAUCAUGGUUACCCGAAUCUUAAGGCCUUCAGUGUACCUUCCAACUCUGGAAAUCUCCACCAAAUUAUUGGGCCGUACGUGGGCCCCACUACCUGCUGUUAUGUCCACUUUUUUGGUUUCGGCCCUUAUGCAUGAGGUCAUAUUCUACUAUUUGGGCCGUGAGUGGCCCACAUUUGAGGUGACGUGGUUCUUUCUCCUACAUGGAUUUUGCCUGUGUGUCGAAAUUGUAGUUAAAAAGUUAGUUGGCGCGAAAUGGCGGGUCCCACGAUGGGUUUAUGGGCCGUUGACGGUGGGCUUUGUGGUGGGUACUGGGUUUUGGUUGUUCAUGCCGCCUUUGAUUAGGGCCGGGUUGGAUACUAGACCAUUUCAGGAAUUUGCUGCGGUUGGCAAUUUUGUAAGAAGCUUAAAGGUUCAAUUGAGCUUCAUGAUAAAGUAUUUUCCGAGAUUUAUGAAUUGAUUUAAUGGUAAUAGAUUUUUCGUUCCACAUUAAUGAUAGAGUGUUGAUACAUACUACCUAUGGAGUAAUUGAUUCAUUUUUGCCCAAGGAAUUCUCCUUCCUCCGAAAUCAAAACAAUUCAAUAUUUGUGUAUUUAUUAUGUACUUCGAUUUCAUUAGUGCUUCAAGUGGUUUGUAAUGUGGUCUAAAAGACCAUUCUUCCAAUAUUUGGUCAUCUAUACAAUACAUUUUUUUU